CCUCAGCCUUGCCGAUUGCCAAUCAGGCACAGUAUGGCGGGGCUUUCGUCAUAUGGGCCACGGAUUCAUGUCGAUGCUGUGUUGGUACAUGUACUCGGCUUCAAACACUCCCUUGGAUACGAGACAUAUACGAAGUCGGUCUCCGCUUGAGUAUCGCGAUUAGAGGGAGGGUACUGUUUUCGACUUAGGCCGAUAAACAUACAUAGCGCAUUUGGACCAACGUAAUCCGGCUUGCGACAUCUAACGGCUUCUUGCUUCUUGCUGCGCCCCCUCUCUCACCACCUUUCGCACUGAUCUCUCCACAACCUUGGCCGCAUGCUCUGGGAUUGAAACCUUGGCGCCUCACGCGACCCCGAGUACUAAGCUCCUCCAUUCACCGCCGUAGCUUGGAGGAACAGCUUCCAAUACAUUGACAGGCCACCCAGCCUGCGGCCUUUGCGCCGCCAGCGAUUGUGCAGCAUGGACGACCAAGGCAGGCUCCGGCGCAAGGACACCACCAAAGGCCCGCCAUUGCGCAUAUUGUCACUCGAUGGCGGAGGUGUCAGAGGCUAUUCGAUGCUCAUCAUCCUGCAGGAAUUAAUGCACAGGACGUUUGUCGAGACAGAAGGAAGAGCACCGAAAAGGCACGAGAUCCCAAAGCCAUGCGAUCACUUCGAUCUAAUUGCAGGCACUGGUACUGGAGGCUUGAUAGCGAUCAUGCUCGGCCGACUACGCCUUGACCUCGAUACCUGCAAGGACGUGUACGUGCGCAUGACGCGGAGAGCGUUCGAAACGGACAAAACGAUCGCUGGCAUACCGUACAAGAGCACGAUGUUUAAGGCGAGCAAGCUCGAAGAGGUCAUCAAAGAGUGCGUGAGCCAGCAUACGAUCUUCGAGGAUGAAGGCAACGAUACAAUCGCCAAUGCUACGCCAAUGACGCCGCCGUCCACCGGCGGUAGUGUGAACAGCCCCACUGAUGCGCCGCAUCGGACCAUGAGCCAGGGCAGCAGAUAUAGUCAGGUGGGUGUUAGUCCGAUAGCGCAGCGUAUGGGCACCGGCUUUGGACGCCAAUUUGGAAGCCCGAACGCACAGCUGUACGAUGCGCGGGAGUCUCGCACGAAAACGGCAGUGACUGCGGUACUGAGGGGGACCGCAACCACCACCUUACUGCGAUCAUACGACUCGCGGAGAGAGCCGGCGCCGGAUGUCAAGUGCACCAUCUGGGAGGCCGGCCGUGCCACGUCUGCUAUACACCUCGCUUUCAAGCCCAUCCAAAUUGGUCAGUCAGUCUAUCUGGACGAAGGGAAUGGGAAGUAUAACCCUGCGCCUGUGAUUCUGGACGAAGCGGUACAGAGUGAAUGGCCAGGUCGCGAGGUUGGCGUCUUCGUCAGUAUCGGCACCGGCAAGCGACCACCAGGGACCGAUAACCAGCAGCAAGAAUGGUGGGAGGGCUUCAUGGGUGGCACGAUCGGCGCGUUUGCAGAGGCACGAAGAAGGCUGAUCAGGAAGCUGGAGGCUUGCGAAGAGACGCAUCAAUACAUGCUGCGCGAGCACCUUGGGUCACGGCAGGUCAAUGUCGACAACUACUACCGGUUGAAUGUCGAGGUGGGCGUCGGAGAGUUUGGCUUGAACGAGUGGGCGAGACUCUCGGAGAUCAGCACGAACACCCGAACGUACCUGCACAGGCAUGACGUUGAGGUAAUAAACCAGAGCUGCGCAGCAAAAUUAGCCCGGAUACAUCUUGCCAAGGUAAGGCAUGAUCGAUCUGAAACGCGAAAGAUACUUGGCCAGCAUGAGCGGAACACCAGCUGGCAGAACCCGUGGGAAAGGCCACUGCCAACAGCGCCCCACGACUCAAUCGCAGCUGAGCUUCCCGGAGACGAUCAAUACUACCAGCCCCAAGCUUUCCGACCUGGCUCCCAGCAAUCCUACGAGCACAGGCCAAGCAUCGCAGACCAGAAAUACACCAUCGUGACAAGUGCACCCGGUUUUCAAGACCACAGACCAAGCGUAACCGACCAGAAAUACACCGUCCUCCCCGACGACGCCGACGAAGUAACCCCCACCGCCAACGGCGAACAACGAACCCCCAUCCAACGGCCUCCCCCCCAAUACGGCCAACAACUACCCAUCUCCACUCCGAGCAACGGGCCCUCGCCGCGACAUAGCCACGACUCCGGUCAUCGACCUAAUGUGCCCCCGCCUUUACCGCCGAAGACGCCGUUACCGUAUCCAGACCAACUGACUUCGCCGCAGACGCCGCAUAGUCCGCAGCAGUGGUCUGGUUCGUAUGAUGGCGCGCCGAGGACUUUUAUGAACAUGGGGGAGUUGGGGAGGAGGUUGCCGUAUCCCGAUAUGGAGGGCCCGCCGCCGGCGGUGAAUACGGCGAGUAAACCUACUUUGACGAGGUAAUAAGUGAUGCGCGCAUGACGGAUGGCUGGUGAUUUUGGUUAAGUAACGUGAUACCCAUGGUUAUCGAACAACAGUCAACUUAUCAAAUGCCACAACUUGCUUACACGGUCUUGCCGUAUCCGUCACAUGCGUGAAUCUGUGCGAGGAAUCACAGGGCGUGGAGAUGUCGGUAUUGCCUUGGGCUUUCGCGUUGGCAGGUGCAACCCGUCGUGCCUUCCCUAUACAGGUUUGUCGCACACUGUGCCCGUCGUCAUGGUUGCAGUCAGCGCGGCCUACAACAUUGGGUUUCGGCACUCUCAAGCAACACAACAAUGAUCUCUACGUUCAAAACGCAGUAACGUCAACAGUACACGCUGCAUAUGCAGGCGAACGCGCGCGACAUGGCGGCGAAGGUGAAUUAAGUGAUGAAUGUGUAGAGCGAACACCCAAGUCCCAAGCUGACUGCUUCACAGGCGGAAGCGGCAACGACGUCGACGGCUGG